AGUUUAGACAGCUUGGUUUUCAGUUCUCAGACUCAAUGGAUACGAAUUUACUAUGUGCUAGGCCUAAGGGGUAGCUGGAACCGAAACUUAUUAAGUUGUUGUAAACUUAUUAUGGUUGGAAUGAGAUUAGUUGGAAUAAUGAGCUCUCCAGAUUGUCAAGCACACACAACUAAAACCAGUCUUUAUUCUCCUGAUUCUGUGGAUAUUAUAGAUCAUAAAAAAAGUCGUUAUCCUUUCUGUAUUGUAUGGACUCCAAUUCCACUUCUUACUUGGCUAUUUCCAUUUAUUGGGCACAUGGGUAUUGCCACAUCAGAAGGUAUUAUCAGAGAUUUUGCAGGUCCAUACUUUGUGUCUGAGAAUGACAUGGCAUUUGGAAAACCAACCAAAUACUGGAAGUUAGAUCCAGAUUUAGCCAGUGGUGGGAUCCAAGCGUGGAACUCAGCUAUUAGGGAUGCAUCAGAAGAGUACAGCCACAGAAUGCAUAACCUGUUUUGUGAUAAUUGUCAUUCUCACGUGGCUAUGGCUCUCAAUUUGAUGGUUUACAAGGGUUCUUCUAGUUGGAAUAUGGUGAAACUCUGUUGUCUCAUGCUCAUCUUUGGAAAAUAUGUAAGUAUUUGGGGCUUUCUCAAGACAUGGAUGCCAUUUCUUGUAUGUGUCUGUGUUGUGAUAAUAUUGUGGCUGGCUAUACCUAUGGCUUGAGCAAGUAUAUUGAGACCUAGAAAGAAUAUUUUGUACAGAAGAAUGUAAUUAUAUGUAUGUUAAUAGUAGAAUAUCAAAUACUAAAAACUAAACAUCUUCCUCAUAUAUUGAAUCUUUCCACACAUCAGUUUUUACUUUUCCAGUACUCUUCAUGUUAUUAAGAAUUAUAUAAAAUAAAGUGUUGUCUCAGUACAUAAUAGAUUUUUAUAUCUAGAAAACUGUCCCUUGUAAUUGUUUUUGAAAGUUCAGUUCAUAAUUAAUGUAAACACCAAAACGUUAAAAAAUCUAUAGAAACAAAUAAAAAAAAAACAUGGCAGACAUUCACAAGAAAAUAAGUCACAUAAUAAAAUUGCAACUUGCAAUACAGAGUUAGUAUUCUGGAUUUCAAGUUAAAGAAUCUUCUGAAAUCUUUAAAUGUUAUAAAGUAUCAGAUAUUGUAUUUUGUGUGAUAUUCAGUGUGUUUACACGAAUAAAAUUUUUUAUUUGUGAA